AUGAGCUCCCUCCCAAAAGACGGCCUCGUGGCACUAACCUGGACGUUUACGGGUGUGGCUGUCGCAUUAACGGUAGGCCGAUACGCUAUCCGUUGGAGGGGUUUCCACAAAUUUCAGACCGACGACAUAAUCCAUGGUCUGGCAUGCCUUGUUCUCAUUGGCUACUGCAUCACGUACACCAUUGCAUUUCCCCUCAAUUACAAAGUCGAAUUCUUCGUGGCUGGUUUGAGCAAUGAGGCACCGACGCCCGCCGAAAUGGAUCGCUAUUUUCAUUUCAUUAUUGCCGUGUCGGCAACAUUUUGGAUCAUCAAUUACCUUGUCAAAUUUUCUUUUUUGGCCUUUUAUCGUUUGAUUUUUGGCGUAUCCAAGGAGUUCAUGGUAGCCUGGUGGUGUGUGUUCGGGUUCACCGUUGUCACCUUCUUCGUGAAUUUUAUCUCAGUGUUUUGGGCUUGCGGCAAAGCUGAAGAUCUAUAUGUCAUGGCGCAAUGCACCUCCCCUAGUGCUCUGAAGGUUACGGCUGGAGUUGUGACGAUGUGGUGUGUGUUAAAUGUGAUCUCCGAUUUGACAAUUAUGGCCUUGCCCCUUUGGAUGCUGAAAGGGUUGCAAAUGAAAACUGGGCAGAAGAUCGGGUUGGCCGUUAUCUUCUUGAUUGCCACGAUCGAUGUUAUUUUUGACAUCCUCCGCACAAUCUACACGGUUGAUGGUGGGGCCAUCGCACUCGACACUCUAUGGGAUAUCUUGGAGCCAACCAUAACGGUAAUGGUCUCUGCUUUACCGAGCUAUCGAACAUUGUUUGGAGAUAAACGCAAGAAGUCUACCUCUUACAAGACCUUGGACUAUAGUGGAAAUACAAGGAGGGGUGAUGGAUUUCAGGAUUACGAGCUUUCGACUAGUCAUGUAUCGAGUAUUGGGGGUGCAAUUAAGAGUAAUGUAACUGUAGACACAACGCGCUUGGCGGAGUAA